CCGACCUCCUCGGCGUCCUCAUCGCUUCCUCUGCUCUUUCUCUCUUCAGAUUCAGAUUCCCAUUCACAUUCCAAACACCUCAUCAGCAUCAGCCUCGCGGGAUUUCGCUUGUUUGAUUACUCAUCGCCAUUGGUACAAUUAUUAUAUUAAUUUAUCGUUAUUAUGCUUUUUUAUUUUAGGAUUUAGUGUUUGUCAUUUUAGACAUAAAUUAUCUCAUUUCAAGAGAGAUAAACACAAUGAAUGAAAAUCAUGGGAGUGAAAGUGAUUGUUUUUUUUUUUUUAAUUUAAAUUUUAAAUAAAAAAAUAUUUUCUUGUGUUUAUGUUUGUUGAUAACGUAAUUUUGUGUGUUUUUAAAUGACAAACAUUUUUCUUUUAAUUUUAUUUUUUUGCAUUUAAAUUCUAAUUUCACAAAAAAGUACUAACUGUUCCCAUAGUAAUGACAGCUCCACCAAAUUCUCGUCGACAACAAAAAAUGAAUGAGUUUUUGAAUAGGCCUAUAGUUCCUAGUGACAAAAACCAUUUUGAAGGCUUUGAUAUAGUUUCUGCAAGACCAACUUCUGUUAAUGAUUGGAAUGAUGUUCCCUCUGAAAAUAAUAGAAAGAAAGCAAUAGACUUUGUGAAAAUGCCACAUGAACAGCUAGUGACCUUGGGGAUUGAUGUUAUUAAUGGAAUCCAUUCAAGAAUUACAACAAAAACAAUCGUAGGACUGUUUCUCCUGGCUUACAAUUCAAUGGAUGGAUUGGGAAAGAGCAUGUUUGAUGACAUAAAUGAGGCUUUUGUUGAUCCAAGAGACAGAUUAAACUAUGAUGAAAUGAAAGCAUCUCGUAUUAGAGAUAUUCCAGGAGGAAGGAGGGUUGUGAUGAUAACAAUGAACCAAGGUGAAGCGGAUUACUAUAAGAGGGUUGCUUCUGCUUUUUGUUUUGUUGCUGGAACCUAUAUGCGAUUGUUUACUAAGUCUGCUGAAAAUUAUAUGAGAAUUGAGGAAUCAAUUCGAAAUAGGUAUGGAGAUUUCUAUGCUCAUCCUAUUCCUCUCAAUAAUUUCCACCCUGGUGAAGAAGCUACAAGGGCCAUCAAAUCCAUAUUUGAGAAUCAUCCUAGGUAUAAGGAUAGUCUCUAUUGUCUACUCUAUUCUGGAAACACUUGUGACAGGGGACAAAACAUUAAGGCUUUUAUGUAUGACAUCCAUCUAGCUUAUACAGGACUCCAUUGUAUUCCAUUAUUCGCUAGGGUUAUGUCUGUUUUGAAGAAAGAUAGUGUGACGAUUGGAAAUGCAUUGUAUUCUCGGAAGAUAGCAGAUCCCUUGAGGACUAUGAUGGAAGUCAAUGCAAAAUAUCUAAACAGAAAUGCAACAACCCAGGUUCAUAUGUGGAAAUAUGGAAGGAUAUUUAAUAGUGAUUUUCUAAGUGAUCUCCAAACAAAGCAUUGUGUCUUUUUCAAUCUUGUCCUUGCAUACUUGUUGCGCAUCUUGCAGCCUGAAGAAGCCGGUGAUGUCUUAAGAAUUACUCAUCUUGCUGGAGCUGGUGACGGUGAAAAGGCAAUGGCUGAAUGUUAUGCUAGAAGAUUCUUACAAAUAUUGGGUUUGAUGGAUGACCAUGGGGACAAGUCACCUUCUGAAGCUCCUGGGGGUUGAAGCAUUUGCCUUGGCGUUCUCAUCUUCUUCGGGCAGCUUCACUGCAGUGUAGGUACCCGCCCCACCUAGAGCUCCAAGUACGGGAG